UAUGGCAAACGAACAAUACUUUUCGAUUGAUCUCGACCUGUGAUGAUAAUGAUCGUUUUGAAAUGAUAGCAUGUGGAUGGGAUCAUUUGUUGUUGUUACGACAAGAUGGUACCGUUUUCGCUUUGGGAGGUGAUGGUAAGGGUCAAUUGACCGAUAAUUCAGAGCCAUCAUAUGAUAUUCCCGAGAAUACUGAUUUGAAAAAUGUCGAAAUAAUAGCUUGCGGAAGGGACCAUUGUCUUGCUCUCACAAAUGUGAAGGAACUCUAUUCCUGGGGCCAUAAUACUGAUGGACAGUUAGGUCAAGGAGAUGAAGUUUAUCGAAAAAAACCCACACCUGUUUCUGAUAAUGCGAUUGAUAGUCCAAUCAAAGAUAUUGUGGCCGGUUACGGGCAUUCUUUAUUUUUACUCGAAAAUGGUCAAAUUUUUGGAUGUGGUUAUGGUCAACGCUCUAUGUAUGAUAAUGAACAUGAUGCAAAUGUGCCGACAAAAAUAAUCAUUGAAAAUGUGCAAAAAGUGGCUUGUAAAAAUAAUCACACUUUUUCAUUUUUUUUGGAUCAAUCAUCCCAUUAUUAUGUAUGGGGAGAUUGGGCUGAUGAAAAUGAAGAUGAAGAAAAAAAAGAUGAAGAAUUGCUCCAGCCCAAAAAAUUGGAUGGUCAACUGAAAUCAUUUGUUGCAGCAUCAAUAAUGCAUUACAAAUCACUAAUCACUUAUGGCCUUACAUCAAUCAUCCAUGUAUUGGAAUGA